CCACCCCCACCCCCCAUCUUGGCUGCAGGUGACCAUCCGUACGAGUGCGAAUUCUGUGGGAGCUGCUUCCGGGACGAGAGCACUCUGAAAGGACACAAGCGCAUCCACACCGGGGAGAAGCCCUACGAAUGCAACGGCUGCGGGAAGAAGUUCAGCCUGAAGCAUCAGCUGGAGACCCAUUACAGGGUCCACACGGGCGAGAAGCCGUUUGAGUGCAAACUCUGCCACCAGCGGUCCCGAGAUUACUCCGCCAUGAUCAAGCACCUCAGGACCCACAACGGAGCCUCCCCUUACCAGUGCACCAUCUGCCUGGAGUACUGCCCCAGCCUUUCCGCCAUGCAGAAGCACAUGAAGAGCCACAAGCCAGAGGAGAUCCCGGCCGACUGGAGGAUAGAGAAGACCUACCUCUACCUGUGCUACGUCUGACGGGAGGAGGAGGAGGAGGAGGAGGAGGAGAGGAGCUGGAAAGGACUGGACAGAACCAACGCCCCCACCCCCACCCCACCCAUGGCUCCCUUCCCUUUUCCUUUUGU